UCCGUAGUAAUAGUAAAACAUAGGGGUAUGAUUAGAAAAACAAAAACCCGCCAAAAUCCCUAAUUUUGUUCACUAUUAAAACCAACAAUUUUCCCGCUCAUUCUCAAUUCUCUGCAGUUCACAAGAAACCCUAGAAGAAACCAGGAGAGCGAAAAACAAUGGAAGAUGAAAUUAAAGCGGAGUUCAACAAAAGUGGUUUUGCAAUUGAGCAUGAAGAAGAAGAAGAAAUUCUAAAGAAAUGUCUUACUGUUUGUAUUAAUUACAAUCUGAAGCCAUCCGAUAUUGUUUCGAGCUGGGAAGUUUACUAUCUUAAUAGGCAACUAUAUGAAUCAACAGUACAAAAUGAUGAAAUGGAUGGCUUUUUAUUGCACCUGCAGAAUGAACAGAGAGAAGCUAUUAUCAAAGAAGAACCUAAUUUGCAUAUUUACUCUAGCAAAGAUGUCGACAUGAUUUUGAAUGAUGACGGAGAAGAAAAAAAUGAGGAAGUUCCUGGCACUCCGACAGAUGAAUCUUUUAAACUAAAUUCAGAACCAUUUGAUUUAGCUAUGAAAUCUGCUGGAAAUGGUUAUUCUUCUGGAAAACUAUCGAAGCAUGUAACUCCAUUUGGACGACGAACUGAUAAGUUUGUGGGGAAAUUUAGCAUCAAUAAUUUGCUUGAUAUGGAGAACGGUGACAAUGAGCAUGUUCAUGAGAAUAUGGAGGAUGAUAUUAUCAAGAGGGUGCAACCCCAGAAAAAAUGUUCUUUGGUAGUCCACGGAUCUGGUCCAAAGCCAGGUUGCCGGUUCAUGUAUGACAGGACUGAGAAUAAGUUUAAUGCACUGGACAACCGCAUCAGAAGGCAUGCAGCUUCACUUGUUGCAUCUGGACUCCACGAGGAACCAACGGAUCCUAGUGUUGCCUCACAGAGAAAUAUGUUUGCUGUUGGAUUGAUAUGCUGUGAUGGAGAAGGUCGUUUGAAUGAGAAGUCAGUCUUAUUGCAAAGCAGUGUUGAGCAUUCUGGAGGACAGUGUGUUCGUUUAGACUUACAUAACUUGAGCCAGUUCUCCAUUUUCCCUGGACAGGUUGUAGGUGUUGAAGGUCAAAAUCCCAGUGGGCACUGUUUGAUUGCAUCAAAACUGAUAGAUUCUGUUCCUAUAUCUGCUACUCCAGAUGGGGAUUUGCCUCCUGCUAAGAAGCAAGCAUUAGAUCAGGAGAUUCAAUCAGCUGACUCGUCCUCCAUAAAAGAGAUAUCAAUGAUUAUUGCUUCAGGACCUUUUACUACAAUAGACAAUUUAAUGUUCGAGCCUCUAACAGAACUGCUGGCAUAUGCAAGCAGAAAGCUGCCUCAAUUGCUUAUUCUGCUGGGGCCAUUUGUUGAUUCUGAACAUCCAGAGAUUAAGAAAGGGACUGGAGACAGGACCUUCGAUGAUAUAUUUCGGCAGGAGAUCAUGAGACGGGUGCAAGACUAUGUUGAAUAUAUGGGAUCUAAUGUGCAUGUAUUAAUUGUUCCAUCGACACGGGACGCGACCCAUGAUUUUGUUUUUCCACAGCCUGCUUUCGAUAUUCAUAGACCCGAUCUUAAAUAUCAGAUAACAAAUCUCACAAAUCCUAGCUUCUUUGAAGCAAACCAGGUCAGAAUUGGUUGCUGUUCUGUGGAUGUUAUAAAACAGCUUAGUGGAGAGGAGAUGUCACGAAAUCCGACUGAUGGAUCAGCCAGCGAUCGAAUGAGUAGACUUGCAAAUCAUCUACUUAGUCAGCGGAGCUUUUAUCCGCUAUAUCCACCAGCAGAAGACGUUCCGUUGGAUUUUUCAUUAGCACCAGAAGCUCUUCAUAUUCCCUCAGUACCUGAUAUUCUCAUCUUACCUUCAGAUAUGAAGUAUUUUAUAAAGGUACUGUCCUUGGGAGGAAAAACUGAAGGAGAGGAGCAAAAGAAGUGCAUAUGCAUAAACCCAGGAAGACUGGCUAAGGGAGAAGGCGGCGGCACUUUCGCAGAGAUUAACUACCGCGGUAGUCCCGAUAAGAUGAAUGCUUCAAUCACGGGCAUUUAAAGACCAGCGAUUAAAGAAAGGGAUCGGAUUGGCUGGUUUUUGGUUCAACUGCUAAAAACCGAUUGGCUGGUUUUUGCUCCAUACAUUCUGGCAAGGAUUAGUAACUUCAGCAAGUAUAAGCACUGCAAGAAUCUCAUAACCUCUGUAACGAACAACAUAUUGACGAAGACGUAGACGGGAGCACGAUAUAUAAAACGUGAUACCAUAUAUCUCAAUCUUUUGUUUUGUAUCAUGUAUAGUCUAAUUGCUUUAUACGACAUUGUUUUGGUCAUGCAGCCAAAAAUUACAUUA